ACCAUUCGAUAAUAAUUUCACUCAUUCACUUGUAUCGCUUUCAUACGAGUGCGCUUAUAAUUAUCGCAGCCUCCUAUUAUUUGUGGGUGAUUCAUUCAGCAGUCCGUCGGAAUUGUCGCAGGCACACUCACUUUUACUAAACAAGAAGCGCCUCGGUACUAUUUUGGUUGCUGCGCUUGCGUUUGUGUACAAAGUCGCUUGUUUUACGCCUUAAGUGACUUCUGACCAUGUCGCUUAAGACAACUACUACAAUACCUACGAAGGGUUCCGAUUAGUGCUUAACUUAAGUCAAGCAGUCAAAGCAUUUCUUUUGAAAACGAAACAACGUCGUCCGCUCUUCUUAUAAUAUUCCUGGCAGCGGGCCAAGUUCGGCUAGGGCACAUCCCGCACAUCCUGUUGCCAAGAAUGUGACAGUGUGAAAAGUUUCUCCUCCAGCUCAUGGUCAAGACAAGUUUCCGAUCCGCAGCGUAUUGUGAAUCGAGCAUCACUAAUAUAGUAUUUUAUUUAUCCUGCAAAGCAACGCUAGCAAAAUGACUGAACCGAUUGCCGUGCAGGCACUCUACAGCUUUAAAGGCAGUAACAAUGAUGAGUUGUGCUCAAAAGGGGAUUUCAUCACAAUUACACAGAAAGAUGAUGGUGGCUGGUGGGAAGGCACACUGGGAGAUGUCACAGGAUGGUUUCCAGUUAAUUAUGUUCGAGAGAUUAAAGAUCCAAGUAUCAUGCAACAGUUGAGCAAUUUACAACCAGAUAUACAAAACUUGUCAAUUGUUUAUAAAGAUUUACUGGAUUCAGAGCGAGCCCAUGUUACUGAACUACUUGGAUUACUCAAUAAUUUUUUGAUACCAUUAGAAAAAAGUACAAUUCUCAACACUGAUGAAUAUAAACAAUUAACUGGAAACUUCCUGGAAGUAUUGGACACACAUCAAGAACUCUUAAGACUGAUCGAGACCGAGAACCAAAAGCCACACAAAGAUCAACGCAUCGGCAAAAUAUUCCUCAACUACGCACCGCGGAUGAAAAUUGUCCAUCAGAGUUAUCGUUCACUGCAUCCGAAAGCCGUCUGUAUCUUAGACAAAUACCGUGAGGAAUUAAUGAAGUACAUGGAAUCAUGCGGUGCAAAUUGUCCGGGUGUUCUUGUUCUGACAACUGGUUUAAGCAAACCAUUUCGACGUCUAGCGAAAUAUUCCGGAAUGUUAUUGGAAGUGGAACGACACGUGGAAGAUUGUCACCCUGAUCGAGGAGAUAUCCAAAGAUCAGUUGCAGUUUACAAGGAAAUGGAGGCGAGUUGUGAAGCGACACGUAGACAAAAAGAAAUUGAAUUGCAAAUCAUAACCGGGCCAGUUCGUGGCUGGGAAGGACAAAGCCUUGCCACUUUAGGAGAUAUUAUUUAUAUGGGUUCUGUUGCUGUGGGGCCACAACACCUCGAUCGUUAUUUGAUUCUAUUUCCUUCAACGCUGUUGAUUUUAUCGCUUAGUCAUCGACUUAGCGGGUUUAUAUAUGAAGGUAAACUCCCCGUGACUGGUAUAAAUGUAAUCAAACUGGAGGACAGUGAUCAGUAUAAGAACGGAUUCGAAAUCAGUGGUCCCAUGAUCGAAAAGUUCGUCGCCGUGUGUCAAAGUCGCGAGGAAGCGAAUCAUUGGGUGGAAAUCCUGGGAAAAUCAAAUCCAAAUCGUACCAACAGUAUCACAAACAAAGCAUUACCUUCAAAAGUUGAGAUUGUCCCACAACCACCACCACAUUUGAACGAACGUGGAUACUGCAAUCGCAUGUCCGUUAUAAGUUACAAACCCUCUUACGAUUAUAUACCCACCCUACCUUGUCAAUACUAUCCCCCAGCAGCGCCUUACGCAGGUCUGACGAAAAUCUACGCGCAAAUGACCAAACAGAAGAUUAUCAACAAGAAACUACUGAAAUUAUUACUAUAUCCGGAAACAACUAAAAUAAACGUAGCGUCAUUGAACGUAAAACGUCGCCAACAUCGGUCAGAAUGUUUCAUCAUGCGGAAAGGCUCUAAGAAUAGACACAGCAUGUUAGAAGCUUCUGACAGCGACAGUGAGGAGUGCGAAGAGUCCACAAGUGAAGAUUCUACGAGUUGUAAUUUAUCCCGACAGAAUGCUAUCGAUCAUUCAACCACUUCGUUUGGUUAUAUCCGGUAUUACAAUCCGGAGAGUGGUACCAUGAUUGAUCACGAGGAGAAAUAUGAGAAGUAUCGAUCACCGACGAAAGUAGUGCAACCAGAAACGAAAAAACCUAGUAUUGUUUUAACUUCCUCGGCAAAACUAGAACUGAUGUUGCCGUCAGAUGUAUCCAACACAAGCAGUUUAUAUUUUAUCACUAAUGGUGUUCCUGAUACAGACACAGAUGAUAUUGAAAUUGAUAACGAUGCAGAACAAACACAAGAAGUUGAAAAAGUUAAUAAUAAUAAACUUCUACAACAAAUCUCACAGGAAAGCGACAUAAGUUCCAACGUAGUUCCGAAUUAUGCCUGUGAAAAUCUCGCAAUACUUAAUGAAAACUUUCAUAUUGAACACAAAGGUUGUCCGAGUGAGGAUUACCUCCAACCUAAAGUGAGAUCAAGUUGUCCGAACAAACUGGUUGCCGAUAGAUUUAACCAUUCGAGUUUGACUACUUUGUAUAUACCACAAUCAAGCAGUGAUAAUAAUCUGGCAUGGAAGUGUAAAGUGUCUGAAUCUUCUACGUCUUCAUCCACUACGACACAUUCCAGCUCAAUUGAUAUCCCUGCUAAAGUUCUACCAAUACCAGAUGCUAUGCUGGCUGAAUUGUUGUACAAUACUGAUGAAAUUGAAGAAGAUAAUAACACUCCGAUCAAACCACCUACGUUGUUUAGAUCUGAUGAACAAUCAUCACCUGGUUUUAAAAAGAAAUCAUUUUAUAAAACAAACAUAGGCUUCCGGAAGCAUAGCAUUAACUCAGAUAAGAUUUACAAACGACGAUCGAGUGUUGGAGACUGGUCAUCGAAUUGCCCUAGCGUAAGAUCUACAGAUUCUGGGAUGGCUGGAAGUUGUACUUUGAAUUCACCAGAGUUUCCUUUACAUGAUCUAAAUGAUACUGCAAGAGAAAAAGUUAAUUCUGUGUUGUCGGAUACUUUCGAAGCUCAAUGUCGUUGCACGUCGCCAUUUGGUUCAACACCACGUACUUCAGCUAUACAAGUAACUUUAGAAUCUACAAGAUCAUCAAUUACCAGCGAGGAGUUACCACCUGUACCACCGCCAUGGGAAUCCGUCGAUCAGAUUCAUAAGAAAUUAUCAGGGAUGCGUAGUGGGAGUUUUCUACAAUCAAGCAAGUCGAUGAGUGAUUUGGUUACGCCGCCGCUGCGCGGUGAUGUUUUCCGUUCUGGGUUGUACGCGCAUUGGUGGCUCAAAGCCGAUCUGCCCGUUGAAGUCGUGCGGGGCAUCUACGAAGAUAGCCGCAAGAAAACAGAAGACGCGGUUCGUGGCGACCACAAACGGCAACCCGCGGCUAGGCGGCAAAAUUAGCGCCGGACCGCGCGUUUCCUCUUUUCCGGGUAAUCGUGGCUGGUCGGUGAAUUGUCUACGACCGUCGCAGCCUUUCCGACCGUGCACAUCACUAUUGUCAAAUCGUCCUAACGGCAAAUCGUUCUCCUACAAGGACGACGCGCUUAUUUUGGAAGUUGUCGAAGCUUACUUUUCGGCAAAGUCAAGAAACACGGUUAAUUCCGUUUCAGAUUUGCGCAAAUCACAAAACAACAACGCCAAUGAACAACUCAUACGUCUGCAUCAAAAAAUCAAAAACAUUGAGUCUAAUAUGGAAUUACUCUCGACGCAAUUGACCGAAGAGCGAGCGGCGCGUUGUGCGCUGCAAACGAUCGUCAAAAAACAUUUAUCGACGAAAGAAUUGGACAGUGUCGAAUGGCCUACAAUGGAAAGUAACAUAAUGAGUUAAAAGUUUUUCAAAUCAUGCAAUCAUGCAACAUAUCCGAACGUAAUUAUUGCAAUCAACAGUAUUUUAACGAAAUAUGCACAAGUGAUAAGUGAAAAUAAUGGCUUCGCAUUUAGAGUUUGCUAUGCUUAUUUUAUUCCAUAACAAUAAAUGUAAUAGUGCAAUUGUUAAUUAUCUUAGGUCGCGCGAUUUGGUGACGAGAGUUUGUAAAUAAAUACCAUUUUCUAAACGAAAA